GUACAUACAAAAUAAAUACAUUUCUUUAACUACAUUCCGUUUUCAGUUAAUAUUUUUAAAACAUUUAAUAUUAAUUCAGGAUACUUCAGCAUCCUACCUAUUCUUUUUUAGAUUUAACUUGUACUUGCUGUUCGCAACACAAUGUAAUUAAUGAUUUGACACAAAUAAUCAGGAAGCAAAAUAUUUUAUAAUCGACUAUAAUGGAGUUAAUUGACGAUGUCAAACAAAUAAAUUGCCAGUCUUCAAAAGACUCCAUCCAUCAACAGGUAUUUUUUCAAAACUUUCAAAUGCCAAUACAAACAGAAGAAGAUUUGGUCAGAGUUGAAAAAUUUCUCGAAAACGAAGUAAACUUCAAAUUAUCGGCACAAAAAAUUGCAAGAAUUGGCGGACAUACUCCCUACGAAUUUGUAAAGAGGGUGUUUACAAAAAUUUUGUCGGACGAUAUUUCCGUAAAAUAUAGUUGGUUAGGUGCCAAAAAGAAGGAAGUUUUUAGUCAUCUCCAUCUAUCUAGACUGAUAAUAAAUGCUGCUGGAUUAAAUCAGGCAACAUCUAGUUGUUCAAGCAAGGAUCUAGAAGAAGCGAUUAAAAAUUAUUUACGAAGAGCAAAAGAACGAUUAAUCACAAAAAAUAAAGGAAAUUCCUUAUUGUAAUGCCUUGUAUUUAUUCAUAAUGUUCA